CUAGGAAAAUUCACCUACGUGCAAGUGUGUUUGUAGUGCUGUAAGCUUCUGUUACUGUGAAGAUCACGUACAAUACACAUCACUGCGUUUGCCAGUAAAGGAGAAACAUUUUAAGAAUAUCUGACAAAUUCAAUUGCGCUGAAAAAACAAUGUCUGACAAAAAUGAGAACCAAACCUCAGACCUUCCUGAUGCACACAGAGGGCGUAUGGAUGCAAUGCCUUUUGAUGGCUCAGUGGUUGAGCACAGAGGAGAACUGAAUGCGUGUGAUCACGUAAAGACUGAGGCGGAUGAAUUUCCUAUAAAUACAGAUAGCUCAGCGAUUGAGCACGGAGGAGAACCAUAUGUGUGCGAUCAGGUGAAGACUGAGGAGGAUGAAGUUCCAAUAAAUACGGCUACAGAUGAAGAUAACACUGAUGUAGUGAAAGUUGAGAUAACAGAAGAUCUGUGUGUGACGCGUCAGCUGGAAACUCUGGAUAAUGAAACCACUGACAGUAUCAGCCCAGGUGAUGUUAAGACUGAAGUCACACUUAAUACUGAACAAACAAAUGAUCUGUAUGUAAAGAGUCAGCGGGAAGCUGUGAAGCAGGAAAUCUGUGACAAUAUCAGUACAGGUGAAUUCACAAAUGGCAAUAAUCCUAGUCAUGGUCAGAGUGCUGAUACUACUUUCAAUCUUUUUGAAAACCAAAGAAGCCACGUGGGAAAUAUAUGUUAUGAAUGUGGGAAAUGUUUUUCCUGUAACUCAAAACUUAUUGAACAUUUGAGAAUUCAUACAGGUGAUAAACCAUUUUCUUGUUCUGUGUGUGGGAAAUGUUUUACUCAGAAAGCACAACUUGGUAGACAUCAGAAAACUCACACAGGGGAGAAAGCAUUUUCAUGUUCUGUAUGUGGAAAAUGUUUUACUCAGAAAUCAACUCUUAUUAUGCAUCAGACAAUUCAUACAGGGGUGAAAGCAUUUUCAUGUUUGGACUGUGGGAAAGGGUUUACUCUGAAAUCAACUCUUAUUAGGCAUCAGAAAAGUCAUAUAGGAGAGAAAGCAUUUUCAUGUUCUGAUUGUGGGAAAUGCUUUACUCUGAAAUCAACUCUGAUUAGUCAUCAGAAAAUUCACACAGGAGAGAAAGCAUUUUCAUGCUCUGACUGUGGUAAAUGUUUUACUCAGAAAUCACAUCUUACUGAUCAUCAGAAAAUUCAUACAGGAAAGAAAGAAUUUUCAUGUUCUGACUGUGGGAUAUGGUUUACUCUGAAAUCAUCUCUUAUUAGACAUCAGAAAAUCCAUGCAGGGGAAAAGGGAUUUUCAUGUUCUGAAUGUGGGAAAUGUUUUAUUCUUAAAUCAUAUCUUACUGAUCAUCAGAAAAUUCAUUCAGGAGAGAAAGCAUUUUCAUGUUCUGAAUGUGGGAAAUGUUUUAACCGUAAAUCAAAUCUUAUUGUUCAUCAGAAAAGUCAUACAGGAGAGAAAGCUUUUUCAUGUUCAAAAUGUGGUAAAUCUUUUACCCUAAAAGGGCACCUUGUUAGUCAUCAGAAAAUUCAUAUUAAAGGAAAUCAAUAAAAUCAGAGCUUAACUUCUUAAAUGCAGAGGGCGACAAGUAGUCAUCAUCCGCACAAUGUCUAAAGUGCUGGUCACUACAUGUCCUCCACUGAGGGGGCAUGCUUUGGAGCUAUUUGAGACCCCUCUACUCCUCAAACAGUUAAAAAGUAGCCCAGUGUGUUUGUUAUUCCCGGGGGAAUCUGGGGUCCAUAUAUAGUUUUGAAUAGUCAAGUAAUCAUCUAGCCUAUAUAAAAUUGCCAAUUAUUUGAGUAGAGGUUCAUGAGAGGAAGCCCCUAUAUGUAGAUCAAAGUUAUAUAAAUAUACCCAAAUGUUGAUAAACUUUUAUUUGAAAUGUAGGUACAGUUGAGGGCAUUAUAGUCAGGUGAUCACUGAGGUGACAACAUUUCCCUAGCUGGAAUUUAAAUUGACCAGGUGUAUGUAUAGGUGUACAGGGUAAACCCCUAUGUUAACAUCAAAAGUUUUAAGAGGCCUCCAAAAGGCUUUGUCUGGAUUUGGAUAGCCCCUGGCUGCAUGAAUUGCAUUUUUCUGAAGUAAAACAACUGUUUUUUUACUUUUGAUUUUCAAUUGCUAAUUUAUAUAGAAAAAUGUCUAUUUCUGUAUAUUUUAAAAAGGUUACCUUACACAAUUAUAGAUCCACAAAAGUUUGGACUAGACAAUUGAGAAGAGAACACUGUAUUUUUUACAACCUUGUUUAUUAAAAUAAAAAUAUUUUUCCACA